AGCGCACAGUGUCUGAUCGAAAGUGAGAGUGUUCACAUUGCACUCACCCGCUCGUUGUUGUGCCGUGUCUAGUGGUUCUGUUUUGUUUUUGUUGUUGUCUCCACCCGCAACAAUGUUGAAGGUGCUUACUGGGAACGUCGCUCGAGGGAGCUGCCGGCAGCUGAUCCGACCAUUGAGCGUUUCGGCGGUGCACAGAUCUUCGCAGAAGGAACCCGCCCGAACGGCGCUGUACGAGUUCCACCAGGGCCACGGUGGCAAGCUCGUAGACUUUGCCGGCUAUUGGCUGCCGGUGCAGUACAGCGAUCUGAGCAUCAUCAAGUCCCAUCUGUACACCCGGGAGUACGGGUCGAUCUUUGAUGUGUCCCACAUGCUGCAGACGUACUUGCGAGGGAAAGACGUCAUCAGCUGCUUCGAGUCGGUUUGUACCGCCGAUGUCAAGGGGCUUCGGAAUGGAACCGGUACGCUGACGGUGUUCACGAAUGGCAAGGGCGGGAUUUUGGACGAUCUGAUCGUGAACCGGGUCUCGGACGAUACGCUGUACGUGGUGUCGAACGCCUCACGUAAGGAAACGGACAUGGGUGUGAUGUCCGAUGCCGUGGCCUCCUUCAAAGCUCAAGGAAAGGACGUUUCCGUCGAGUUCCUGUCCAGCGAAGAUCAGUCUCUGCUGGCCCUGCAAGGCCCCAGCGCUGUCUCCGUGCUGCAGAAGCUGUGCACCAAAGAUCUCUCGCGGUUGUUCUUCAUGAACGGGAUCACCGAUCAGAUUGCCGGAGUGGACAACUGCCGAAUCACGCGCUGUGGCUACACCGGAGAGGACGGCGUAGAGAUCUCCAUCCCUUCCCGACAUGCUCCCGCCAUCGCCAACGCCUUGCUAGACCCAAAAUUCGGCAACCUCAAGCUGGCCGGACUCGGCGCCCGUGACUCCCUCCGCCUGGAAGCCGGUCUCUGCCUGUACGGGAACGACAUCGACGAGAAAACGACCCCCGUCGAGGCGGGUCUGCUCUGGCUGGUCGCGAAACAACGCCGCGCCGAGAACAACUUCCCCGGCUCGGACAAAAUCAACGCCCAGAUCAAGAACGGAGUGACGCGGCGUCGCGUCGGGUUCAAAAUGUCCCCGGGGUCGGCCCCGGCGCGGCACCACGUGGAAGUGUUUGACAACGAGCACCACAAGAUCGGCGAGAUCACCAGCGGCUGUCCGAGUCCGUGCCUGCAGCAGAACAUCGCCAUGGGAUACAUCCGCGAGGAGAGCAAGAAGGUGGGCACGGAAGUGACGCUGAAGGUCCGGGACAAGUUCUACCACAGCCAGGUCUGCAAGAUGCCGUUCGUGCCGACGCACUACUAUCAGGCGCCGAAAUAAAGUGGUCGCUGCGUGGAGAUCGUAAAA